UGAUGUCCCGCAGAUCAUUUCGGGCUCCCUGUGCUUUCAAGCCGUGGUGCAAUGGCGCCCCUUGGUCCGCCCCGCAUAUGAACCCUCGCGGUUCAAUCUUCGUUCUCUUUUGGUCUUCGACUUGGCUUGCUUCAACCAUGCCGCUUUUCAAAGAUUUGCUGAAUGUGAACCCCAUUGAGGAGAAAAGAAGACACAAGCUGAAAAGAUUGGUGCAGAGCCCAAACAGCUACUUUAUGGAUGUCAAGUGCCCAGGCUGCUACAAGAUUACCACAGUGUUCAGCCACGCCGAGACUGUAGUACUUUGUGUUGCCUGCUCCAUGGUGCUGUGCCAGCCUACUGGAGGAAGAGCACGCCUCACUGAAGGGUGCUCAUUCAGAAGGAAGCAAAACUAAAUAUGCUUUUAAGUUUGACACUGAUUUGUGACCACCAAAUGAUUGUGCUUUUCGUUGCCCUUUGUGCCAAUCAUCCGCCUUCACAGAAAGUACCUGAUUAGCAGUAAUACCAUAUGAGAGGAGCGCCUUCACUUGAGCAAGCUUCAAUAAUGGUCAAGAUAUAAGCAAUGUAGCAAAUUUUAGUGCACAGAAAUGCAGCAAAUGUGAAUAAAGCGUAUAUGUGCAAUCACCAUUUAUCAUCUACUUUUAUAAUCAGUGCUUUCUUGUGAAGUGAAAUAAAUCAGUGUUGAAUUUGGA